GCUGUAUGUCCAAUAAUGUCAGUCGGCACUCCUCCAAAAUAAAAAUUUAACUCGGUGUUUUGUGUGUUGAAAUUUAUUAUUUUCUUUGAAUUAUCGAUGUUAAUUGAGGGGAAACCAUGAAGAUCAAUGAGAAAAACCUGUGUUUGUUCGCCACAACUCCGCCGUCAGACUUGGAAGGGUAUCUGAACAAAAGGGGCGAAGUCAAUAAAUCUUGGCAACGACGGUGGUUUGUCCUGAAAGGCAAUCUCUUGUUUUAUUUUGAGAAGAAGGGAGAUAAAGAACCAAUUGGUGUGAUUGUGCUGGAAGGAUGUACGAUAGAAUUGGCAGAGGAUGGUGAUAAUUAUGGUUUCCAAAUUGUAUUCCAUGGAAUUAAUAACAGGACAUAUCAUUUGUGCGCUGAAAGCCAGGAAGUUAUGGAGAAGUGGAUGAAGGCUCUCACGUGUGCUGGCUACGAAUAUAUGAAAUUGAUGGUGGCUGAACUGCAGAGACAACUCGGAGAGUUGGAUGAGAAAAAUGUUGAACCACCAGAAACACAAUCCUCAAGCAUCACGCCAAAACCUCCACCUCGACGACAAAACCCAUUCAAUCGGGUAGCUCCUCCAGUGCCAAAUUCCACAGCAACUCAAUCUCCUCGUGUCUGCCAAUCUUCACCAGCCAAAGGACGACAGCCUCUAGAGUCGCACUUUUAAAACACACAGCUUUGAGUCUCAAAUGGUUUCUUCUUCCUUUUGUGAAUUCUUCUGAUCUUUUGAAUAAGUGUGUCUCUUUGUAUUUAUCUUCUUUGUUUCACUUUGUUGUAAGAAAAUAAGACAAAAAACAGUAUAAGAACCAAAUCAGACCAACUGUACAUUGGUAGGUGAGUCAUUAUGAUCCAUUAUACACCAACGUUUUUUCUUUGUAACAUUGAAAUAUUCCAUCAAUAUAGCAAUGUUAUCACA